GCCAGCCAAAGAAGCUACCAGAGGGGAACAUAUGAAGAGGGUCGAUGAGGCUCGGGAGUGGAAUCGCAACGGCGGGCGGGACGAGGGAAGCGUAUAUAGCUCACGCGGCCUUGCCGCGAGAGAGCCGCCUUCGUAGGCUCCCCGGAUCUGUUGAAGCUUGCAAGAGCAGACAAGCUGACAAGUCGGGGCCAUCAUCUCCCCUCUCGUGUUUGUUUGCAGCCCCGACGGACCGUCGCGGGCAUGCCAGACCCGUUGUCCACGACGCGCACCCGACCGAGCGCGCCAGCUUUCCCACGACAUCUCUUGGCACUUCCUCAAGGGGUCCCUUUUGCAGCACGCCCCCGAGUUCCGGCCCUGCCACGCCCCAGGAAGCGCUGAAGCUCGCUCCGUUGACCCUUGCAACCCACAUGGAAGCAACGCAUUUUGGACAUUUUGAAAGUGGGCCAAGCAUUGCAAAAUAGAGGAAAUCUGACGCCCUUUCCUUGGCACGAUGCGCAUCUCCUGCUUUGCCUGCACCGCAACUAUUCGAAACUUACUUGAUAUCAAGCCAGCUUGAGUUAAAAAUGAAUGUAAAAAGUCAGACCAGCUGAGGGUAUGUGAAUG